UGGAGUGGGACGUGUGCGCGUUGAAACAAAAAGUGUAGUGCAGUUGAUCGUUAGCAACAAUUAAAGAGUAAAUUGAACAAUGCAAGUAUUGUUAGUGGUGGCCACGGUCGCGCUCUGCGGCAUUGGCUUUGCUCAAGCGCAACAGGGUGUCGAUCCCGCCUAUUUGCGGCAGUAUUAUCAGCAGUUGCAGCAGCAACAGCAACAGCAGCAGCCCCACGAUGGCACACCUAUUUAUGAGCAGAAUUCAGAGCAGACGCAGCAAUAUGUGAGUGCAGGACAGCAGAUACGCUUGAAGGACACAGUGUCUGAGCAAAUACGCGCACAGCAGCAGCAAGGAUAUGUGGCGCCUGCUGUUAGAGAUUAUUUGCAACAGCCACAGUAUCAGUCGCAGCCACAGCAAGCUGUCUAUCGUCAGCCACAGCCUGCAGCAGCGCCUCCGCAGCCACCGCGUCGCAUACAGCCGGCCUAUCAGCAAGCCUCCCCGCUGUUGAACAAAGGACACAAGCUGCAGCAUCAGCAGCAGCAGCAGCAGCAACAUCAACAGCAGGCGGAGGAAGAGGAGCAGUAUGAUGAUUUUGAGAUGCUGACAAAGGCCAUACUAAUGUUGGAAAAUUCUCACAACGUGGUCACCCGAAAAGGAGAAUCCUUUGGGCUGGUCAAACCGGUUGCGCCCUUGAGGCAGCCACAUCAAUCGCAAUAG